UCCUCGCUGUGUUCAUUUGAGCUUGAGGACGCAUUAGAGUGAACUAUAUCCACACGUUUGUGUCCAUUUUAAGUCUUUGUUGGAUCUAUAAUGAACGGAUAUUUUUAAAAGAAGAUCUGUCGUUUGACUUACUGGAUGCAAAUCUUGUUAUUGCAAAAUGGCACCACGAAAAUGCGUCGCUGACGCACGAUGGAUUUGGCGAUGGUUUUCUGGCCCACGACACCAAAUGGGACUUAUUUUUUGCAUCUUUUAUUUGGUCACCACGGUAAGUGGUCAGAUUCGUUAUUCUAUCCCUGAAGAGACAAAGAAAGGCUCAGUGAUCGGUAAUGUGGCGCAAGAUCUCGGCUUGGACGUGAAAAGGCUGCGUUCAGGGCGGGCCCGCAUCGUGACGGGAGAAAACGUCCAGUACACCGAGCUGAAGACAGACAAAGGGCUUCUCGUCGUUAACGACAGAAUAGACCGGGAGCAGCUUUGUGGAGAUGUGACGCCAUGUAGCUUCAGCUUUGAGGUCAUUUUAGAAAACCCGAUUGAAUUGCACAGAGUGACCGUUCGCAUCCUGAUCCAGGACCAGAACGACAACACCCCCCAGGUGCUGUACCCGGUCCAGACGGGCGGCUCGGUGCUGGCUGAAAUGGUGCCUCGUUCAGCAGAUGUGGGCUAUCUGGUGACUAAAGUGGUGGCUGUUGAUGUGGACUCUGGACAGAACGCCUGGCUCUCCUAUAAAGUGCACAAAGCCACAGACAGGGCGCUGUUUGAAGUGGGCCUACACAAUGGAGAAAUAAGAACUGUCCGCCAAGUCACUGAUAAAGAUGCUGUCAAACAAAGACUGAGUGUUCUAGUGGAGGACAACGGGCAGCCCUCUCGUUCAGCUACAGUCAUUGUUAACGUGGCGGUGGCGGACAGCUUCCCUGAAGUGCUGUCAGAGUUCACUGACUUUAGCAUGCACGACAAGGAGUACAAUGACAAGCUGACUUUUUACUUAGUCUUGGCUUUGGCUGUAGUCUCCUUCCUCUUCAUCACCUGCUUGCUGCUCAUCAUAUCAGUCAAAGUGUACAGGUGGAGACAGUCUCGCGUCCUGUACCACUCCAACCUCCCUGUCAUUCCAUAUUAUCCACCACGUUACUCAGACACUUUGGGGACAGGGACUCUCCAACACGUGUAUAAUUACGAGGUGUGCAGGACCACCGACUCCAGGAAAAGUGACAUGAAGAAUAUGCAAGCCAUGAGUCAAAGUUUAGUGAGUGUGGAUGGAGCUGAUGCUGAUACACCACAUGUGAUCAAGCAGCUGUCUGGAAACGGUUCACAGAUGUCAACUUUGUCCAUCACUGACUAUGUCAUGAAGCAGUCGCGCUGUGUUCAUUUGAGCUUGAGGACGCAGUAG